AUGAAUAUUAAACGCACGAAUGCCAUCUUUAAUCAGGAUGCUUGCCAGGUUGCAGGAGGCCUGGCCCCUGCAACCUUAGACAAGCAGUCAAAAGAUUGCUUAGGAGAGAGUGCCAAUACUACUUACUGAGUGAAUACUCCAGAGACAAAUUCAGAAAUCGAUGCUAAGCAGAACUUCACUUUAAAUUUGUCUGAAUUUUAUGUUAUAAAGAAGACCAGGCUAAUCAGGGUCAAGACCCCUGAAGAAGUUGCCUUUUUAGAAGCUCAAUUUGAGAAGGAUCCCAAAUGGAGCCGAAAGACAGUACAAUACUGCAAGGCGAACCUGAAUCUGGAAACAGCCCAGAUAUACAAAUGGGGCUUUGAUAAGAAGAUGAUCCUUAAGAAGAAUACUAUGAAUGGAAUUUCCGUUCUGAAAAGUUAUAGAAAUAGCGAGACUAGAGAUCAAAAGGUCCUUCCUACCUCAACUUUAACAGGAUGCCAAGAGAAAAGGGAGAAUAGGAAAGCUAACAUAUCCGUCGAUAUGGUAGACUUCAACAAUGAGGUAGAGGAUAUCCUGAAGCUCGUCAAUGACCAAAAUAAUUUCAGAGAUCUCCCAGUCACGAAGAUCUCUGGCUCCUCUGACGACAUCAUUGAUACUGGGUUUAGGCCUGUACAAGAACUCAUUAGCUACAAUGGGACAGAUGGUGGCCACGAACAAUCUUUCAUACUGUGUCAGAAAAGUAAUAAUAAGAACCCGGAAAGCAGAAAAAUUGAAACACAACAAAGACCGAGUGCUUUAGUAAGGAAUCCAAAGUUGCCACCAUCCAGUGGCUUAUUGCCUAAAGUACCACUUCCGAACAAAAUUGCAAAUUUCCAAGUCCCAGUAGCUAUUUUAGAGGCAAAUAGAAGAAUCGAGCCAGUGAUGAGUUAUUCACCGGAGAUUCCUAAAUCAGAGAUUCUGCCGUUUUAUGACCGACUUCUAAACCAAAUGAGUUUAGAACUCUUCCAAGAAAAUGAGAUUUCAUUCGAAGAGGCUUAUAAUAGCCCUUAAGCCGUUGUCGCUUCAGUGAGGCUGCCUCAAGAGAGGGUAUCUUCAUAAAUUUUUAUGUGAUAAUAUUCUCAGUUGAAAUUUUCAUAAUGACCGAU